AUGGACUUAGAUGAUGAGGGGAGAUUGAAGAAUGUCUUCUGGGCGGACCCCCGUAGUAGGGCAGCAUAUCAGUAUUUCAGUGAUGUGGUGACAUUUGACACUACGUAUCUGACCAAUAGAUACGGUAUGCCCUUCGCACCAUUUGUUGGUGUAAACCACCAUGGCCAGUCAAUUUUGUUGGGAGCAGGAUUGAUAUCCAGUGAGGAUACCGAGAUAUUUGUAUGGUUAUUCCAGACAUGGUUGAAAUGUAUGGACGGUAUAACUCCAAGAGCCAUAAUCACAGAUCAAGACAGAGCGAUGAAAAAUGUCAUUGCCAUUGUAUUCCCAGAAAGCCGACAUCGAUUCUGUUUGUGGCAUAUACUGAAGAAAGUACCCGAAAAGCUUGGCUCUCAUAGUGCGUACAAAAGUGGCAUGAAAAUUGCUUUGAUGAAGUGUGUGUAUGACACUCAAAAUGUUGAAGAGUUUGAAAAAUGUUGGGAGCAGCUAAUCACCACGUACAACUUGCAUGAAAAUGUCUGGCUACAAAGUUUAUAUGAUGAGCGUGAGUAUUGGGUACCGGCAUUCUUGAGGGACUUUGAUAAUGCUCUGAAAAAGAAAAUUGAGAAUGAAACUGCUGCAGACUUCCAUUCAUUUAGUGUCUCCAUUUCCUGUAUAUCUCGAUCCCCAAUUGAGAAGAAAUUUCAAGAUCUGUACACGAAUGCUAAAUUCAAGGAACUUCAACAACAAAUUACCGGUAUUAUUGAUAUGGAUCCAAAGUUAUUUAAGCAUGAUGGUACAAUAAAGACAUAUCAUGUAGAGGAUGAAGUUCGUGUGGAAGAGUUCACAAAACCGAUUACACACUACGUGGACUUUAGUGAGGAAGAUGCAACUGCGAAGUGUUCAUGUGGAUUGUUUCAAAUGAGGGGGAUAUUGUGUAGACACAUUUUGGCCGUAUUCAAAUGUAAUGGGAUUAAGUCUGUGCCGGAUACAUACAUUUUAGAUCGAUGGCGGAAAGACAUCAAAAGGAGGUACACAUUGAUCCAUAGCAGCUAUGACGUAGGGGAUCAUCGGGCAGAUGCUAAUAGAUAUUCAAGUCUGUUGAAUAUCUGUUAUCAGAUGAUUACUCAUGCUGCGGGUUCAAGUCGGCAUACUGAGGAUGCAACUACAAAAUUGUAUGCAAUGAUUGAGUUAUAUCGUGCCAACCAAGAACCCCCAUCGAUAACCCUCCCAGGUGCGAAUGUUGGCUGUACGACUGCUGAUACAACUACAGUUGGAAGUUCAAAGCAAGUACUAAGUCCGAAAGUUGUGAGAGGAAAAGGCAGACCCCCAUCUCUAAGAAGAGCAUCAAGGAUGGAGAAAAACAUGAGGAAAGUUAAAGCAAAGACGAAGAGAGCACCAGUUAAGGGGAAACGCAAACAGCGAGAUGGAAGAGAUACAGCAGUCGUGGACACUUGCAAGAGGUUAUUUCGCCCUUCAGAGAUGGAUACUCCCAAUGUUGAACAAGUCCAGGCCCGAGAAACGGUGAUUGGUAGUCAAGAAAGUAUGCAAUUUGGGUUAGAUGGAUCGCAACCGGGAGAAUUUGGGUUGAGUGAAUCACAACCGAUGCAAUGA